ACCAACAAGAGAGAGAUGGACUCUUCUUCGUCCUCCUACAAAGGCGGCCUCCAAGGCUACUGGAAGCAGAGAGCCUGCGCCGCCGGUCGCCGCCGGCGCAGUCUCCCUGCGGCGGAUCUCGGCCGAGGCGGCCCCGCCGCGCGACGCGGCUCCGGAAGCAGCUGGUCGUGGAGAAUAAUGAAGGCGGCGCCGCGCAUGUCCUUCCUCCGUGCCGGCGCCGCCUCUCCCAGGCGGCUGAUCGCCCGCGUCCGCGACGCCUACGUGCGGAUGAUGCUGGGCUUCGCCCGCGCCGCUCCAAUCUCCACCGCCCCCCGCUUGAUGGCGCGGCCCCCGCAGCUCAAGGAGUACGACGACGAGAAGGUCAUCGUCGAGAUUUACAAGUCCCUCGUCGACGCCGCCGCCGCCGCCGUCCGGCGAUAACUCCUCUCUUUGUUUGUCCUUUUUUUU